AUGGCCGCCGCCGUCCCGAAAGAACAGGCGGCUGCCGCCGCGGAGCCCGCGAGGAAGGCCGAGCCCGUAAAGAACUACAAGGGCUUCGUCGCCGGCGUCUUCUCCGGCAUCGCCAAGCUCUCCGGUAAGCGACAACAAUCUUCCACUCUACUUCACUUCACUUCACCAUGCCCCCGUCUCCCGUCCAGGACUAACAGCACCCCCAAAGUCGGCCACCCCUUCGACACAGUCAAGGUCCGCCUCCAGACCACCGACGCGACCCGCUUCUCGGGCCCCCUGCAGUGCGUCGCCCAGACCGUCCGCAACGAGGGGCUCCGGGGCCUGUACAAGGGCGCCACCCCGCCCCUCGUCGGCUGGAUGUUCAUGGACAGCGUCAUGCUCGGCUCCCUGACCGUCUACCGCCGCCUGCUGCGCGAGAACCUCUUCGCCCCGCCGCUGCACCGGCCCCACGCCGAGGCCGACUACCACGACCACCUGCCCUCCCACGGCCACGGCCUGGCCGGCAUCAUGGCCGGUUCGACCGUCAGCUUCAUCGCCGCGCCCGUCGAGCACGUCAAGGCGCGCCUGCAGAUCCAGUACGCCGCGAAGAAGUCCGAGAGGCUGUACAGGGGCCCCAUCGACUGCCUCGCCAAGAUCUACCGGCACCACGGCGUCGCGGGCGUCUACCACGGCCUGUCGGCCACGCUCAUCUUCCGCUCCUUCUUCUUCUUCUGGUGGGGCAGCUACGACCUCUUCACGCGCUGGUUCAAGCGGAACACGAGCCUGAGCGCGCCGGCCAUCAACUUCUGGGCCGGCGGGCUGAGCGCCCAGGUCUUCUGGAUCACGAGCUACCCGAGCGACGUGGUCAAGCAGCGCAUCAUGACGGACCCGCUCGGCGGCGGGCUGAACGACGGUGAGCGCAGGUUCAGGAGGUGGAAGGACGCGGCCAAGGCGGUCUACCGGGAAGGCGGCGCGAAGGGGUACUGGAGAGGCUUCUUGCCCUGCUUUCUGCGCGCGUUCCCGGCCAACGCAAUGGCGCUGGUCGCAUUCGAGGGCGUCAUGAGGACGUUACCGUAG